GUUUUAUGGUACGUCAAAUAAUAUGUCAAACCUGCUCCGAUUAAAUCAAUGUGAGAUUUCGUGGCGACAAUGAUAGACGUAAAAAUCCUUCUUGUUUUGGGCUGCCUUUUGUGUGCCGUGUGCAUUGAAGGCCAAGUGUUGCCAACAGUGUAUGAAUAUUACACAGAAGGGGGAAUUAAUUCAGGACUAGAGGCUCUGCCAGGCCAAUUCAAGCUCAAUGGAAAAGACAUUACCCUGUACUCAGGGUCCAUCCACUAUUUCAGGAUGGUGCCCGAGUAUUGGCGCGACAGACUGAGGCGAAUGCGGGCUGCAGGACUGAAUGCGAUCGACGUUUACGCUCCUUGGAAUCUGCACGAGCCAAGAAAAGGUGUUUUCGACUUUGGAAACGGAGACGAGGAUUUUUCAAAGGUGCUCAACAUUCGGCAGUUUUUGCAAAUUGCUCAAGAGGAGGAUCUUUUGGUGAUUUUGAGACCGGGUCCGUACAUUUGCAGCGAAUGGGAGUUUGGAGGACUUCCUAGUUGGUUAUUGCGCUACCCUGAUAUCAAAGUGCGCACCUCUGACCCAGUUUUUACCGGCCACGUGAGACAGUAUUUUGAUCAAUUGUUGGCGCAAGUCGUCGAUCUCCAAUUUACUCGCGGAGGUUCAAUAAUCGCCGUUCAGAUUGAGAACGAAUACGGCUCUUUCGGUCCUUACGACGAAAUCAAGGAUCGCGACUAUCUCGCUUUCAUUAGAGACGCUUACGUGCAAAAUGGAAUAAAUGAACUUCUCCUUACGUGCGACUCGCCAGCACUCGUCGGAGACACAGGAUCUCUCCCCGGAUAUUUGAUGACUGCUAAUUUCGACAACAAUCCCGCCACCCAAUUUGACAGACUCCUCGAGCUGCAACCGGACAAACCGCUGAUGGCCAUGGAGUUUUGGAGUGGUUGGUUCGACUACUGGUUUGGAGUUCACACCGGCGGCCUCAGUCCAGAGAAUUUCGCUGAGCAUCUGACGACGAUUUUCAGCUACAACGCAUCUGUGAAUUUUUACAUGUUCCACGGCGGAAGCACUUACGGUUUCAUGAAUGGCGCGAAUAAAAUUCCGGUCUUCCCUGGUUAUUUGUCUGAUGUUUCCAGCUACGAUUACAGUGCACCUUUGAGCGAAGCUGGAGACUACACGGAAAAAUACAACAUCACAAAAGAUCUGAUCGCCUUGGAUAAUGAAGUGCUAACUUUGACCCCGGCACAGCCUCCAAACAACCCCAAAACAGCUUAUCCUGCACUGCAAAUACAGCAAUUUCUAACUUACGAUCAAAUUAUUCAACAAAUCCCUCUUCAGUUGAAGACCCAAAUUCCAACGGUGAUCAACAUGGAAGCUCUUGAAAUUAACGACGGAAAUGGUCAAAGUUACGGACUCACAGUCUACCGAAAACAACUUGACCUCCCAACUUUGGCGGAACUGCAAAUAGUGGGACACAUCAGGGACGUUGCCAUGGUGGUCGUCGACGGCGUGCAAAAGACGAAAAAACCACAGGGCAGUGGUGCCCUAUUAGGUUUCGGAUUUUGGACUAACAGAAAUUCGACUUUUGCGAUCGAAGGCGCCGCUGCAGGUUUGAACACUUUGGACGUUGUGGUGGAAAACUGGGGCCGAGUCAAUUUUGGCGGGCCGGCGUACUUUGAGCAAAAAAAGGGUCUGUUUGAAGGGCCGCUGCUGGUGGACGGUGUUGAACUGACCGACCUCGAGGCCAUUCCUCUGGAGCUCAAAUCGAAAUGGAUCAAAAGUCUAACUGGAUGGCAAGCGUUUGAAGUCAACCAAAAUAUGACCGGACCGGUUUUGUUGCGAGCCACCUUUGACCUGAGUGAACCUCCCCAGGACACAUUCCUAGACAUGAGUGCCUGGGGCAGGGGAAGCAUUUUCGUAAACGGUUUUCACAUGGGCAGGUUUUUCCACGUUGGACCUCAAAUAACCACUUACAUUCCAGCGCCCUUACUUUUGCAGGGCACAAAUGAGAUAAUAAUAUUCGAGCAUUACUUGGCGGCCGACGAAUUGACGUUCUCUGAUGUACCAAUUUUAGGACGAAAUUAAUUUUUUCUUUGAUUACUUCCCCUUUCCCCCAAAUCUUUCUGAAAUGAAUUAUUUAAAAUUAAAAAAAAAAAAAAAACUAAA